UCACCCCCACCAAGGAACUACUAGCGUUGACCGCACCCCCAAACGUUCCCCACUACCCUCUAAAUAAAUCAAUUUCUAUCUAUCAACAUGGUUCAAAUCUCCACCUCCAUCCUCGUCGCCGCCCUUGCCAUCGCGCCCGUCCUCGCCGUCCCCAUUGCCCAGGAGGCCAACGAGUUCGUUGCCCGGGAUGUUGAUCUCGUAGCUGAGCCACUUGUCGCUCGAGAGCCCAUCUUUGGUUUCAUCAAGAGGAUUUUCACCGGGAAGCGAGACUUCUCUGAGUCUGAAGAGCUCGCUCUCCGGGAGUUGGCCGAAGACCUUGACGCCCGUGAACCCAUCUUCGGUUUCAUCAAACGAAUCUUCACCGGCAAGCGGGACUUGUCCGAGUCUGAGGAGCUUGCCCUCCGUGAGCUUGUCGAAGACAUCGACGCCCGUGAGCCCAUCUUCGGUUUCAUCAAACGAAUUUUCACUGGCAAGCGUGAUCUUUCGGAGACCGAGGAGCUCGCGCUCCGCGAGUACGUCGACUCGCUUGACGCCCGUGAACCUAUUUUCGGGUUCAUCAAACGUAUCUUCACCGGCAAGCGCGACCUUUCCGACCUCGACGACCUCUCCCUCCGCGACUUUGAGGACCUUGAAGCUCGCGAGCCCAUCUUCGGAUUCAUCAAGCGAAUAUUCACUGGCAAGCGUGAUCUUUCCGAAUCCGAGGAACUCGCCCUCCGCGAGUAUGUUGACUCCCUCGACGCCCGUGAGCCCAUCUUUGGCUUCAUCAAGAGAAUCUUCACCGGCAAGCGAGACUUCUCCGACGUCGACGACCUUUCCCUUCGUGACUUCGAAGAGCUCGACGCCCGAGAGCCCAUCUUCGGUUUCAUCAAGAGAAUCUUCACUGGCAAGCGUGAUCUCUCUGAGACUGAGGAGCUCGCUCUUCGUGAGCUCGUCGACGACCUCGAUGCCCGUGAACCCAUCUUCGGCUUCAUCAAGAGGAUCUUCACCGGCAAGCGAGACCUCUCUGAAUCCGAAGAGCUCGUCCUUCGCGAGUUCAUGGACUCUCUCGACGCUCGCGAUCCUUCCUUUGCUGGCAUUGCCAAGAUCGGUGGCAAGGCCUUGAACUGGCUCGGUACCGCUGGAACUCUCGCUUCAAUCCCUGCUAUGUUCAGGAGCAGCAAGAAGGACAAGCGCGACUUCGAGGACGACCUCGUCUUCCGUGACUGGGUCCUCGAGGAGUUGGAUGCCCGUGACUUUGACGAUGACCUCGCCUACCGCAUGUUCGACGAUGAGUUCGACGCUCGUGAACUCAACGAGCUCGACUAGAUGCACGGGAUAUAUGCAGUUGGUAGAUUACUUUAGUAGUGGAAUAAUGGCUUUCUCGAAAUUCUACUUCUUCUGGUGUUUGUGU